AUGCCUGUGUUCACCGAGUACGCUGCAUCGUCGCGUGAACUACGCGUUCUGCCUUCCUUCGCCCCUCCACUUCCCCGCCUUUCUCCGCCAUUUACGCGUCAUGAGGGAGCUGGGAAAUAUGAAGUCGUCGUUGUCGGCGCGGGUCCAGCAGGGCUCAUGCUGCACCUGCUUCUGGCACGAUAUGGCCUCAACGACGACUCCCUGCUCUGUAUAGACGCGAAACCAGGCACGCUCAAAUCGGGCCAGGCGGACGGCCUGCAGCCCCGCACGCUCGAAGUCCUCAAAUCUCUCGGGAUCGCGGACGAGAUUCUCACCGAUGGCUGUCACAUGGAAGAGGUUGCGUUCUGGAAUCCGUCGCCUGACAAGGAGAAGGUGAUUGAGAGAACGUCUAUCGUUCCUGAUGUGGCUGUGCCUGCCCGCUUCCAACAUGAAGUCACAAUCCACCAGGGUCGCAUUGAGCGGAUCCUAGAAACAGAUCUGCUUCGGUAUUCGAAAAGAGGCGUACAGCGGAACACCAAGCUUGUGGACGUCAAGAUUGACGAGGCGGGCGAUGCUGACUUCCCAGUCGUCGCCGAGAUUGAGACGGACGGCACCCGCCGCACAAUACGCUCGAAACACUUGGUAGGCGCGGAUGGUGCCCACUCGGUCGUCCGGCGCUGCAUGGGACUCAAGCUGGUCGGCGAGUCGAUGGACCAUAUCUGGGGCGUGGUUGAUCUGGUCAUCGACACUGAUUUUCCCGAUUUUCGAAGACGCUGUGCCAUCCAUUCACCGGCCGGGUCUGUCAUGGUCAUUCCGCGGGAGCGCAUCGCGACGGGUGAUUAUUUGACCCGUCUCUAUGUUCAAGUACCUGAAGAGACACCUCCUGAAGAGGAUCAGAAGCCCGUCAAUGGGACUAGCAGUCAAUCCAAGGGAGAUGCACGCGCGCGUAGGAGCCAGGUGAACCAGGAAUCAAUUUUUCGGCAUGCGGCGGAAGCCUUCAAGCCGUACUACAUUCGACCGAAAGAAGAGGGCGCAGUCGACUGGUGGGCUGCGUACCAGAUCGGUCAGCGAGUAACGGACAAUUUCGCCGUCAAAGACUCGAAGGGAAUCAACAGGGUCUUUAUUGUGGGAGAUGCUUGUCAUACACAUAGUCCAAAGGCUGGCCAAGGAAUGAAUGUGUCAAUGAUGGAUUCGUACAACCUAGCUUGGAAACUGGUGUAUUCCCUCCAUGGCCUCACGCCUAGUUCGGUGGUUGCAGGACAACCUGAUGCUAUCGUAGACACAUACCACCUUGAGCGCCAUACGAUCGCCCAACAACUCAUCGAGUUCGAUCGUGCGUUCUCAUCCAUGUUUUCCGGCAAGAUUGGGCCGUCAGAGGACGGCGUCGAGGUACUCACGCACGAUCAGUUCCUCGAGGUUUUUAGCACGGGCAAUGGAUUCACCAGUGGCUGUGGUAUCGAGUAUCCUGGUAGCCUAACUAUAGACAAGGCUUCGGAUGACGGUGCGGAAAACCCAGUUACCGGGACAGAUUACCUGUCCGGUAUCCUUCGCCCAGGCAGAAGAUUACUCGACGUUCGAUGCAAGCGCCAUGCAGACGGGAACCGACGGCACUUGCACGAUGACUUCCAGUCGACAGGUCGCUUCCGCAUUCUGUGUCUCACGUCUUCCGACCUUCUGGAUCCCAAGGGCGUCUCCGCCCAGGUAUUGACUGCUCUUGGAUCAUCUGUCCUUCCACGCUUCCCACCAAACAUUAUUGAGCAAGUAGUUAUCCAUCCUCGCUUGCCUAAGAUGUUCAUGUGGCAUGAUGUGCCGAGUGAGCUCAAGAAACACUCGGAGAUGCGGUUCUACAGCGGUUACGAGGUGGAUGAUGUGUACAAGAUCUAUGGCGUAGACGAGACAAGGGGUGCUUUGGCUGUCGUUCGACCUGAUGGAUAUGUUGGCAUGGUGGCAGCGUUGGAUGAUGUAAAGCGUGUAGAGGAGUACCUGGAGAGAUCGGAGUCUAGACCCAGGAGAUCGGAUCUCGACAGAGUGUACUCAGGCAGACAUCUGGAUGAUCAGUCCGUCUACCAUAGCAACGACGAUGCUCCUGAAGCCAAUGCAGUAGAUUCAUCUGCAGAGGAUGAUGCCGAGAAGCACGGAGCCCCUGUGCUUGAAGUUAGAGGAGGAAUCUUGAACGAACGCGACACUGAUUUGGAAGCGGCUACUCGCGAUCAAAGUGCGCUGGAAAAGUCACGAACGGCCAGGUCUGAUAGAUCACGGCGGGAUUCUAAACUGGUAACGUGGGAUGGCCCCGAUGACCCUGAGAACCCUAAGAAUUGGUCAAACAAGAAGAAAUGGGCUGCUAUCAUCACGGUCUCUCUUUUCACUUUCAUCUCCCCGGUAUCUUCAUCCAUGGUUGCACCUGCGUUGCCAUCGAUUGCAAGCGAGUUUCAUAUCGAAGACCAGGUCUCUUCCCAACUUACUUUGUCCAUUUUCGUGUUGGCCUAUGCCGUCGGGCCUCUGUUCCUGGGGCCGCUUUCUGAGAUCUACGGAAGAGUCAUUGUUCUGCAAUUGGCCAACCUGUUCUAUCUCGUGUUCAACAUCGCAUGCGGUGUCUCGAGAACUAAGGGGCAGAUGAUCGCUUUUCGAUUCCUGUCUGGCCUGGGUGGCAGUGCUCCGUUGGCUGUUGGUGGAGGUGUGCUUUCUGACUGUUUUAAACCAGAAGAGCGCGGAAAAAGUGUUGCAAUCUACAGCCUUGCUCCGCUUCUUGGUCCAGCUGUCGGCCCUAUAGUCGGUGGCUUCAUCUCUCAAGACACCACCUGGCGGUGGGUCUUCUAUGCCACCUCCAUUGCAGAUGGAGUCAUCCAAUUUGCGGGGCUAUUCUUCCUCCGUGAAACAUACGCACCCAAGAUUCUGAAAUGGAGAGCGGAGCGGAUCCGAAAGGAGACGGGUGAUGCGGCGUAUCAGACUGAAACCGAGCGACAGAACAAAACCCUUUCUCAAACGAUGCAGACUGCGCUCGUGCGGCCGUUCCGCCUCUUGUCCACGCAACCGAUCGUUCAAGUCCUGGCCUUGUACAUGGCCUUCAUCUAUGGCACGAUGUACCUUGUCCUUUCGACCUUCAGCUCUCUGUGGACCGAUGUCUACAACGAAUCUACGGGCAUUGGUGGUCUGAACUAUAUCUCCCUCGGCUUGGGUUUCUGGUUGGGGUCUCAGAUAUGCGCUCCAAUGAAUGACCGCAUUUAUCGUCGGCUCAAAGCCCGUAACAACAAUGUCGGCAGACCCGAAUUCCGAGUACCUCUCCUUAUUGUGGGCGCUUUCCUCACCCCAGUUGGUCUAUUUAUCUAUGGCUGGACCGCUCAAUUUCGUCGCCACUGGAUCGCUCCUAACAUUGGUGCCUGUCUCUUUGGUGCUGGGAACAUCAUCGCCUUUCAGUGCAUCCAGACCUACAUGGUGGAUACAUACGCGAGAUUCGCUGCCAGCGCUUUAGCCGCGGUGGCUUUCUUACGUUGCUUGUGUGGUUUCGCCUUUCCGCUAUUUGCGCCAUAUAUGUAUAACGCCCUGCACUACGGAUGGGGCAACAGUUUAUUGGCCUUUGUUUCUAUCGGUCUGGGCAUACCGGCACCUAUAAUCCUCUGGAAGUAUGGAGAGAUUCUGCGCAAGCGCAGCCCAUACGCGGCGGGCUAG